GACUCUACAACAAUACCUUGGGAUGAAUUAGAAGAAUACGAACCAGAAGACGAGGAAGCUGAAGAGGAGGAAGAAAUAGCUCCAGAAAAAACUGAAAAACAAAAACCUGUAAAAGCAGAAAAGGUUAAAAAGGUUGAAGAUGAUGAAAUGGAGGUAUCAUUUAAAGAUACCAAUGCAGAAUACGCAUAUCCCCCGCUUUCUAUCCUGGGCAAAUCCGCCGGUAAACCAGCUGUGGGAGAUAUCAAGGCUCAGGCAAACCUCAUCAAGCGAACUCUGCAGAACUUUGGUAUUGAGGUAGAGAUGGAUGAGGUAUCAAUUGGUCCGACGGUAACACGCUAUGCCAUGAAACCUGCCGAAGGGAUCAAGUUAUCACGUAUUGUCGCGUUGAAACAAGACUUGGCGCUCUCGCUGGCUGCUCAUCCUAUACGUAUCGAAGCCCCAAUCCCUGGUAAAUCGCUCGUAGGAAUUGAAAUCCCUAAUACCGUAAAAUCAUCAGUGGGGCUGGGAUCACUCCUGGAGGAAAAAGAAUAUCAAGGAUCUGAGAAAAACCUGUUAGUAGCUCUGGGUAAAGGAGUCACUGGAAGAGCGUAUUUCAAGGACUUGGCUAAAAUGCCGCACUUGUUAAUUGCGGGAACGACCGGGUCUGGUAAAUCAGUAACCGUGCACAAUAUUAUAUUGUCACUGCUGUAUCGUAACAGUCCUGACGAACUACGCCUGAUCAUGGUGGACCCUAAACGUGUAGAGCUCACCCUGUAUAACAAUAUCCCCCACUUGCUGACUCCCGUAAUCAAAGAACCUAAAAAGGCUAUCAUGGCACUACGCUGGGCUGCAAAGGAAAUGGAACGACGUUAUGAUAUCCUCGAGGGACACAGUGUGCGUGAUAUCCUUUCAUAUCAUGAUAAUAUUAUGCGUCCAUGGUAUGAGGAGCACGAAGGCGAGGAAUUGGAGGGGUAUCCAGACAAACCUGAAAAAAUGCCCUAUAUUGUAGUAAUUAUCGAUGAGUUGGCAGAUAUUAUGCAGGCAUAUCCACGAGAACUGGAGGCAGGUAUUGUACGACUCGCUCAGAUGUCCCGAGCAGUAGGAAUCCACCUGAUCCUCUCGACUCAGCGUCCAUCAGUAAACGUUAUUACCGGACUUAUCAAGGCAAAUGUACCAUCUCGUCUGGCACUACAAGUAGCAUCACAGAUCGACUCUCGAACUAUUCUGGAUGGACCAGGAGCUGAAGCACUGCUCGGCAAAGGAGAUACCCUAUUCCAAGGCUCAGAUAUGAAUAAACCAGAA